CAUGCUUCAGUGGUGAAGAUGAUGCAUCUGCUCCUGUGUCUGCUUGUUCUCUCCCAUCUGCAACUCUCAGGUGGCGUGCAGAGUGGCAUCUUUGGGGGUCGUAUGGCCAAGCCCCACUCCAGACCCUACAUGGCCUCACUGCAGUAUCUAGGAGACCACGUGUGUGGAGGAGUGCUGAUCAGGGAGGACUACGUACUGACUGCUGCACACUGUCUUAACCGGUCCAUUCCUGACCGGGCCAUGGAGGUGGUUCUGGGGGCCCAUGACAUCAACAGUAAAGAGUCCAGCCAGCAGAGGAUCCAGGUGAAGAAGUUCCACAAACACCCUCAAUUCAGAGAUCCAAAUCAGUACGACUACGACAUCAUGCUGCUCAAGCUGAAGAGCAAGGCGAAGCUGAGCAAGUGUGUGAAGCUGUUGGGGCUGCCCAAGAAGGACGGGGAGGUCCCUGCAAGGACAAGGUGCUGGGUGGCCGGCUGGGGGAUGAAGGCCCCGAACUCCCACGCUGAGCACCUCCUGCAGGAGGCACUGGUGCACAUGGUGGAUCAGAAGGAGUGUGCAGAUUCAUGGCAGAAGUACUUUAACCACAGCCACAUGAUGUGCAGCAGCACCAGCCAGGGCAAGGGCUUCUGCCAGGGAGACUCAGGAGGGCCUCUAGUGUGCAAUACUAAACUUCAGGGUCUUGAUGCGUACACUAGCCAGGACUGCAGGAACAGAGCCUAUCCGCAGGUCUACACCCGGGUCUCUGCCUUCCUGCCCUGGAUCAAGAAGGUGAUGGGGAGGAAAUAGAGGGAAUGAAUGAGCAGCCAGUCACCAAAUGACAAAACAUUACUGUUACGAACCCUACAUUUCUCGAUUUACUUUGGGGGUCAUUUUUGGCACACCCUGCUGGCUAUUUCCUGGGAGGAAA